AUGGCGGCGCAAGGUUCGCCAAACGUUUUAGCGUUGAUUAAAGAAUUGAAUUGGCUAGGCAAGAAUGGAGAUUAUGAGAAAGCGUUAAAAGUUACAAAUAAGAUUCUACAAGAAUUGCCUGAAGAUGAAAAAGUUUUUCACUGCAAAAUAGUCAGUUUGGUUCAUUUGGGCAAAUAUGAAGAUGCACUCAUUGCUCUGAAAAAGAAUCCAAAACUUUCAGGAGAAUUAUUAUUUGAGAAGGCCUAUUGUGAGUAUAGACUGAACAGGAACGAGGAAUCCAUGAAGACAAUCAAAUUAGGAGACCCAAAUGAUCCAAGAUUGAAAGAACUAUUAGGACAACUUUAUUAUCGCCUGGAGAUGUACAAUGAAAGCUUUGAGAUAUACAGAGACCUUAUAAAAAAUUCAGCUGGUAAUUUUGAAGAUGAAAGAGAAACUAAUUUGUCUGCAGUUGUGGCAGCCCUCUGUCUAUAUACUGAUGAUCAAGUGGAGGAUAUCUCAUUGAGGGAAGAGACAUAUGAAUUGUGCUACAAUGCUGCUUGCAAGCUUACAGGCCAAGGUCAAUUUCAAGCUGCUUAUGAGAAACUCAAAAGAGCUGAAGAGUUGUGCAAAGAAAAUUUUGGAGAUGAUUCGGAUGCCUCGAAGGAGGAGAUAGAUGGAGAGCUGGCAAUCAUCUGGGUCCAGAUGGGGUACGUGCUGCAGAGACUGAACAAGAAAGAUGAUGCACUGAAACUCUAUAAUCAAGUCGUCAAACUCAAGCCUUUAGACCCGGUGCUGUUGGCUGUAGCUUCAAACAAUAUCAUCACCAUCAAUAAGGAUCAGAACAUGUUUGAUUCAAAGAAGAGGAUUAAGGCAGCAACAUCGGGAGAUUUGAAGCACAAGUUGGUUAGCAGGCAGAAACAAUCCAUUGCUGUCAAUGAAUGCUUGCUGCAUAUGUAUGCUGGACAGGCUGACCAGUGCCACAAAUGUGCCCACCUCCUCCAACAGUCUUCUUCAUCAUUAUCAGCCAACAAGGGCUUCCUCAUCGAAUCCACUCAACUACUGAGGGAGAAGAAUUCAGAAGAGGCCAUCAAACUGCUACAGGUGUUUUUAUGCAAAAAUGCUGACGUGCUGGAAUUGAAGCUAUCUCUGGCACAAAUCUAUUUAUCUCAGGAGCAUGUUUAUAAGGCAUGUGACGUUCUGAAGACAUUGGGAGAGGACACCUAUACACCUGGAGUGAUAUCAACGUUAGUGACGCUAUACACGAGUCAGGAAGAUAAGGAGGCUGCGUCGGAGAUUAUCAAUCAGGCGGUCGAAUGGUAUCAUAAAAAUAAGUCCAACUCACCAGACUUAAUAAGCCUUAUAAAAGCCAGUUCGCAAAUUCAUUUGAACAUUGGGAAGCCGCAAGUGGCUGCUCAGAUGCUGGAGCAGAUGAGGAGGAACAACCCUGAUGAUUUGAAAAUCUUAGCCCAGCUGAUACUGGCAUAUUCUAAAUUUGACACAAAAAAAGCCCAAGAGAUGAGCAAACACUUUCCGCCAAUAGAAGAGCUGUCCCAUGACAUUGACCUAGAUAGUUUAGAAUCAUCAGCGAGCUGGUUCGCCAAUAAGUGGGUCAAGAAGGCUGCCAAAACGACAGAAGCCUCCCCCAGGCCGCUUACGAAGGGAUCUAAAGAUUUGUUUAAAAAAAGGCAUAAGAAGAAGAAAAUCCUUCCUAAGAAUUACGAUCCGAUUGUGGCUCCCGAUCCGGAAAGAUGGCUGCCCAUGAGAGAGAGGUCUUACUACAGAGGAAAGAAGAAGAACAGGAAGAAGGAUAUUGGUUCGUGCUGGAUCGUCUGUUCCCGUUGGGAUUGA